AUGUUAAUAUUCGGAUUUGCUGCUAAAACUUUAAUUGUUGCUUAUGCUACUUUAGCUUUAGCUUUAAAUCACACGUUGAUCCUUCAAUGUACUGAUAUGCACGAAGUUGCAAGACAUUUUGAAGAAUUAUCAUGA